UAUUAUAUCUGAUUAAGUUCCAUUUGUUUGCUCACUUAUUAUUCUAUCUUCCAUAAGUUUGAAAUAAAAUCAUUUUAUAUUUUGUUUUGUUUUUCAAAGGAUCGAUAGAAUUUCAAUAGUGUGCGUGUAAAAAUUUAUAAACGUGUUAAACGUCACGAAAAUGCUUAUUCUCAAUACAAUUACUUCCAUCGUUAAAAAGCCAAUACUUAAUACAGCAACUCGUUUAAUGUCUUCCAUGGCUGGGGAAUUGCAAAAACAUGGGGUUGUUCCCGACGUCAUUGAUAAGGCUCCAUCCACCUUACUAGAUGUAUCCUAUCCCAAUAAUCUUGUUGUUGAAGUUGGUAAAGUUUUAACUCCUACUCAAGUUAAGGAUCAACCUACGGUUAAAUGGGCUGCGGAUGCUAACACUUUUUAUACUCUUUGUAUGACUGAUCCUGAUGCACCAAGUAGAAAAGAUCCUAAAUUCCGUGAAUGGCAUCAUUGGUUAGUUGGUAAUAUACCUGGCAAUGACAUCAGUAAAGGUGAAACUCUCUCAGAGUAUGUCGGCUCUGGUCCCCCAGAAGGAACCAGCCUUCAUCGUUAUGUUUUCCUUCUUUAUAAACAACCUAAGAAGUUAACUUUUGAUGAGAAGCGUUUAACUAACAGAAGUGCAGAUGACCGUGGUCUAUUUUCUAUUAGGAAGUUUGCAAAGAAGUAUAACCUUGGUGAUCCCAUUGCUGGAAACAUGUACCAAGCUGAAUAUGAUGAUUAUGUACCUAUUUUGUACAAGCAACUCGGUGCUUAAAGAAUUUUGCUUCCA